AGCCGCGGAGCACCGAGCGCUCUCGGCUCCUUCUUCAGUCGACGGGAUCCUACGGCGGAUUGGGGUGCAACCCCUCCCUUUGCAACGCUGCAGUGCCCCUGGCCCGGGGAGCUGCUGAGCGGGCUUUGGAGGACUCUUGAUCCCAUCACCGGGAAGGCUCCAGAACCGGAGCGGCGGGCUCCAAAGUACGGGCGGAAAGAACAGGCGGGGAGCGCGUAAGAAAAAAACACCCGGACGCCUCCAUCCCUUGGAUCCCACCAUCGGCCGGAGCAGAUCUGCAAUAUCAGGCUUGGCAAUGCCGUUUGGAUGUGUUACCUUGGGAGAUAAGAAGGAUUACAACCAGCCAUCUGAGGUGACUGACAGAUAUGACCUGGGACAGGUAAUCAAAACAGAGGAGUUUUGUGAGAUAUUCCGUGCCAAAGAGAAAUCAACAGGCAAGCUUUAUACUUGCAAGAAGUUCCUGAAAAGAGAUGGGCGCAAAGUGCGAAAGGCAGCCAAGAAUGAGAUCAUCAUCCUGAAGAUGGUAAAGCACCCCAACAUCCUACAACUGGUGGAUGUGUAUGUUACCCGGAAAGAGUAUUUCCUCUUCUUGGAGCUGGCCACUGGUCGAGAGGUAUUUGAUUGGAUCUUGGACCAAGGGUACUACUCUGAGCGUGACACUAGUAAUGUCAUCAGACAGGUCUUGGAGGCUGUGGCAUACCUGCAUUCACUGAAGAUCGUACAUAGGAAUCUCAAGGCAAAAAAUUUAGUAUAUUAUAACCGCCUGAAGAACUCUAAGAUUGUGAUCAGUGACUUCCACCUAGCCAAGCUGGAGAAUGGGCUCAUCAAAGAACCUUGUGGAACCCCUGAAUAUCUAGCUCCUGAAGUGGUAGGGCGCCAACGAUAUGGGCGGCCAGUGGACUGCUGGGCUAUUGGUGUGAUCAUGUAUAUUCUCUUGUCAGGAAACCCACCCUUCUAUGAGGAAAUGGAUGAGGAUGAUUAUGAGAACCAUGACAAGAACCUGUUCCGCAAGAUCUUGGCUGGAGACUAUGAAUUUGAUCCUCCUUAUUGGGAUGAUAUCUCACAGGCAGCUAAGGACUUGGUGGCCCGUCUGAUGGAAGUGGACCAAGACCAGAGAAUUACGGCAGAAGAGGCUAUCUCUCAUGAAUGGAUUUCAGGCAAUGCAGCUUCGGACAAGAAUAUAAAAGAUGGAGUAUGUGCUCAGAUUGAAAAAAACUUUGCCAGGGCAAAAUGGAAGAAAGCUGUCCGAGUGACCACCAUGAUGAAGAGACUCCGAGCGCCAGAUCACACAGAGGCAGCCAAGCCAACGCCUCCUGCCGCUGCUGCUGCCACAACAGAUGGUGCUCCCACAACAGAGCCCACCAGCACCCCGCAGGCUAAACCUGAAGCAGACAACACAGCUCCAACAACUGAAGCUGCCCAGGUGACCACAGUGGUAUCAGCCCCUGCAGAAGGAAACCCAGAGGGAAAAACAUCCACAUCCCCCGCAACUAAAGCAGAAACAUCAACAAUGACAUCGGCGGGCCCAGCAACAUGUAACGGGGAAGGAACCACCACCCCCAGUGCCACCCCCGAGUCCUGGAAUGAGGAGACUGGCUGAGUCAGAGAGGAGCCGAGCAAGGGCAGGAUUGUACCUCUCUGUGUUGUAUCUCUCUUUGUAAAUAAUCACUGGCAUGGUCCCCCAAACUGUCCUGGCUUCCCAAUCAUUCCCUCUGUGCGUGGCUGUCAGUUUGUCUCACUCUGUGCCUCUCCAGCAGUUUCUAUUUUUUAUGUGACACAAUCCAGAGUGACCCUGACGGGCUCCAGUAAACAGAUGCUGCGGAGGCCCAAACCACUGCAUGAAAUUCUCUCUUUUCUCUCCACCCCUUCCCCUUCUCUUCUGUUGCUUUCUUUUUCUUUAGUGAAUUUUAUUUGUUUUGUUAGUACAACUGCCCUAAGGGUACUUUUAUUUAUUUUAUGCAUUCCUGAGACCACUUUCAAGACUGCCAUCUUCCCAGACCUUCUCUCAGUCAGUCGAUCACUAUCCAAAUUCUUGGCUCUUUGGGCCUCACUAGAAGAAGCUGAGGCAAGCAGAUGAAACACAGAAACCAUAUUCUCCAGCUGACCAAUCUAUUAUACCAUAGGGAUAUAGUAAAUCAAAGGUCCUUGCCAAAUUGCUAAGGUUUAAUUGGGUGUUAUAGAUGUCCAAACAAUGCCAUGGUUACCCAAGUAGACCUACUCAGUAGAAAAUGUAUAUAGAGUUCAUACGUUCAGCUGCUGUCCACAACUUCUGUUGCAUUUUUGCUCCAUGUCA